AACCUAACAAUUUUCACAGUGAAAAACGCUCGUGUUGGCUGGAGACGGCGUGAGCGUAGUUCCCAAGAUGGAGGAUCCUGAUGAGCCAUCAUUUAAUUCUCAUCUGCGAAAUGUUCUGAGGAGUUUUCGUGCCAACUCCAUGAAUAGUUUGAGUGGACCUGCCGGAUGUUCAUCAGCAUGGAACGAACAGAUGCAGGGCGUGCUUGCGUCGACGUCCACCCGCAGAGAACCGGGCGAGGUAACCGUAGUAAAAACCGAGCCCGUCUUCACGCAGGCGCAGCUGGAGUUCUCCAUGACGCCCCCCGAUCUUCGCACCGUGCAAGUACCGCUCCUCUACCAGCAAGAUCAGUCGCGCAGCGACCGACAGGAGACGGUGCUCGAGAGCGAGCUGAUCUCCUGCUUUAUCGUCGGCGGCGAGAAGCGACUCUGUCUGCCGCAGAUACUCAACAACGUGCUGAAGGAGUUCUCGCUGCAGCAGAUCUACGCCGAGUGCGACGACAUGCAGAUCUUCUGCUCGCGCUGCAACCAGGAGCAGCUCGAGAUCCUCAAGAUCUGCCGCAUCCUCCCGUUCUCCGCGCCCAGCUGCGGACUCAUCACGAAGACCGACGCCGAGCGGCUCUGCAGUCGGCUGCUGCACAGCAAGCCGCCGAAGGCCGCGGCGGCGGGGGCGGCAGCGACGGGGGACAGUUUCCGUGUCUACCACGAGUGCUUCGGACGCUGCUCGGGCGUUUUCUCGCCCGAGAACUACGUGAGCGCGGACGCGGACUGCAUGGAGUGCUGCGAGUGCGGCGGCGUGUUCACGCCGCGUCGCUUCGUCGCGCACUCGCACGUCCCGCAGGAGAAUCGGACAUGCCACUGGGGCUUCGACUCGAGCAGCUGGCGCAGCUACCUGCUACUUGCGCACAGCCAGAAGGACAUGGAGCGACUCGGAGAACGGCUGGAGGAGAUGAAGGACAAGUUCGACAUUUCUUCGCGAAAACGCAAACAGAAUGUAGAUAGUAGAGAUGCAGCAAAGAGAACCAAUUCUGGUGAAAUCAUGCAAUACUAUCAUCCAUACGGUUUAUGGUAUCAGCAAAGGGCAGCAUUGUUGUCAUCGUGGGUUGGUGCUGCAAUUGGCAAAGACGGUUGCUACCCUGGAGAGAGAGGCUUGCAUCCUUUCCUGAGCAAUGGGCCACCAGUUCUGCUGAAUCCAGACCGUGUUGUUAGGAGCACGGAGAUCUCAAGGUUUGGAUCCACCUACCAACCAAACGUCUCUCUAAAGCCACCGGCGCAGCCGCAGGACAACAACGGCAGCAAAAGCAAGACGCAGUCAGACGUCACGCAGUCUCCGCCGGAAGUGCAAAGAUCGCCGACAUCGAACGGCAACAGCGACCCGAGCCAAGAGGCGGCGGCGGCGGCGGAGCUGACUCAGCGUCCGUCGGAGAGCAGCGCGUUCAGAGAUCGCCUGCCGAGCGCGAAACCCGGUGCGGCGACACCGACGCAGGAUAGAUCCGGGGAGGAAGACGCGGGCGGAGGAGGAGGAGGAGGAGGAGGGUCGCCGGACGCGGAAUGCGGCCGCCGGACGAAGACUCGGGCGGCGCGCGGCGGACAAGAGGGCGCUGAGCGGGAGCAACGCGACGACGACGGGGACGCGGACGGAGACGGGGACGGGGACGGGGACGGGGACGGGGACGGGAACGGGGACGGGGACGGGGACGCGGACGGGGACGGGGACGGGGGCGGGGGCGGGGACGGGGACGGGGACGGGGACGCGGCGGUGUGGUGA